GAGGAGCCCGAAGAGCCCGAAAGCAGAGGGCUCUGAUUCUGUGACAUCUCAGUCCUCGCCGAGUGAAGAGCCCGGAACAAUGACGGAGGUGAAGGUGAAAACAGAGAUACCAGAUGACUAUAUUCAAGAGGUGAUCUGGCAGGAUGACACCAAAGAUUCCAAGAAAAACAUAAAGGAUGGGCCAGGAGAUGUGCCAGCAGAAAUCUGUGUGGUGAUUGGAGGGGUCCGCAACCAGCAGACACUUGAUGGAAAAGCAGUGGAACACAGCUCUCCUGUUGGAUAUACACGAAAUCGAUACUCAGGCACCUGGAUUUUUGACCAUGCAUUGAGAUACACAUCCGGGUCUUAUGAGUGUGGAAUAUGUGGGAAGAAAUACAAGUAUUACAACUGUUUCCAGACCCAUGUGCGGGCGCAUAGAGACACUGAAGCUGCCUCAGGUGAAGGAGCCUCACAAGGCAACAAUUUUAGGUACACAUGUGACAUUUGUGGGAAAAAAUAUAAAUACUACAGCUGUUUCCAAGAGCACAGAGACCUGCAUGCGGUGGAUGUUUUUAGUGUGGAAGGGGCCCCAGAAAACCGGGCAGACCCUUAUGACCAGACAGUCAUAGCAGCAGAUGAAGUGAAAGAGGAGGAGCCAGAACCAUUUCAGAAGAUUGGUCCAAAAACUGGCAAUUAUACAUGUGAAUUCUGUGGCAAGCAGUACAAAUAUUACACUCCCUACCAGGAACAUGUGGCGCUGCAUGCACCUAUUAAGUUCUCUCGAUCUCCACUCUUCGUGGCAGUGAAGACACAGGCGAGCCAAUCCGGCAAAAAAACACCGGCCUCCAUAAUCCGAUGUUCCACCCUCCUGCACCGCUCCCCGUCCGGUAUCCCACCGGCAUCCCAAUCCCAGAUGUUCCGCGCUCCAAAUUCUGGAUCCCCAGGAAGCAAGGCCACGACAGAAAGCGCAUUCAGUAGGAGAGUGGAAGGCAAAGUGCAAAACAACUUUGAAGAAACAAACAGCAGCUCCCAAAACUCUAGUGAAACCGCAAGUCCCCUGAUUUCAAAUCCUUUCCCGCUUUUACAAAAACCUUACACCUGUGGAGCUUGUGGAAUCCAGUUUCAGUUUUAUAACAAUCUGCUGGAGCACAUGCAGUCUCAUGCAGCUGACAAUGAGAACAAUAUUGCCUCUAACCAACCCAGAUCACCUCUGACUGUUGUGGAAGAAAAGUGGAAACCACAGCUCCAAAGAAACAAUGCCAAUAAUACAUCUGCAAGUGGUUCAGUAGCAAACAGUGCAAUCCCGGAGAAGGAGCGGCAGAACAUUGCUGAAAGGCUGCUGCGGGUCAUGUGCACCGACCUCGGAGCUUUGAGUGUGGUGAGCGGGAAGGAAUUCAUCAAGCUGGCCCAGACCUUGGUGGAUAGUGGUGCUCGCUACGGUGCUUUCUCUGUCACAGAAAUCCUUGGCAACUUCAACACACUGGCGCUGAAGCAUUUGCCUCGGAUGUACAACCAAGUGAAAGUGAAAGUCACCUGCGCCCUGGGCAGCAAUGCCUGCCUAGGCAUAGGAGUCACUUGCCACUCUCAGAGCGUUGGCCCUGAUUCCUGCUACAUCCUGACAGCUUAUCAGGUUGAAGGCAACCACAUCAAGAGUUAUGUCCUGGGAAUUAAGGGUGUGGACAUCCGAGAUAAUGGUGAUUUUAUCCACCACUGGGUGCAGAACGUGAUGUCUGAGUUUGUGAUGUCGGAAAUCAGGACAGUGUACGUCACCGACUGCAAAGUCAACUCCUCUGCAUUCUCCAAGGCAGGCAUGUGCUUGCGUUGUUCGGCCUGUGCCUUGAACUCAGUCGUGCAGAGCGUGUUGAGUAAGCGAACACUACAGGCUCGCAACAUGCACGAAGUCAUCGAGCUCCUGAAUGUCUGUGAAGAUUUGGCAGGAUCCACGGGCCUCUCAAAGGAGACCUUUGGCUCUCUGGAGGAGACGUCUCCCCCACCCUGCUGGAACUCAGUGACUGACUCCCUCCUGCUUGUCCAUGAGCGUUAUGAGCAGAUAUGCGAGUUCUACAGCAGAGCCAAGAAGAUGAACCUCAUCCAAAACCUGAACAAGCAUCUUCUCAGCAACCUGGCGGCUAUUUUGGCCCCGGUGAAACAAGCAGUGAUUGAACUGAGCAAUGAGAGCCGGCCCACCCUGCAGCUGGUACUGCCCACCUACGUGAAACUGGAGAAACUGUUCACUUCCAAAGCCAAUGACGCUGGCAUAGUCAGCAAGCUUUGCCACCUCUUCCUGGAGGCACUGAAGGAGAACUUCAAAGUUCACUCUGCACACAAAGUAGCCAUGAUUUUGGACCCUCAGCAGAAGCUGCGGCCAGUCCCACCAUACCAGCAUGAAGAGAUCAUUGGCAAGGUCUGUGAAUUGAUCAAUGAAGUGAAAGAGUCCUGGGCAGAAGAACCAGAAUUUGAACCUUCUACCAAGAAACCACGGGCAGCAGGGGAGGCCCCGCCAGCUCAGGAAGAAGAGCAGUUUGGGAAAAAUGAAGUCUACGAUUAUUUGCAAGAACCCCUCUUCCAGGCCACCCCUGAUCUAUUUCAGUACUGGUCAUGUGUUACCCAAAAGCAUACGAAACUAGCCAAGUUGGCCUUUUGGCUCUUAGCAGUGCCUGCUGUCGGGGCCAGAAGUGAAUGUGUAAAUAUGUGUGAGCAGGCGCUCUUAAUCAAAAGGAGGCGGCUGCUCAGUCCAGAAGACAUGAACAAACUCAUGUUUUUGAAGUCCAACAUGCUUUAA